CAAAAUAGGACGUUUGACCAAAUUUGGGCUUCACUCUCCUUUUCUUUCAAUUUUUUUCCCUUCUUUUUUUUUGCGUCCGUUUUACCGUCCAGCUGCUUCAUGUCGAACCCAAUAGUAGAUACUGCUGAAUACUUUGCUCAGAAAAAAGCUCAGCUGAGGCACUCCGCUAUCCAUCCGAGAUCUUCAGCAUGCGGUCAUCCUAGAGCUCAUCUUGACCCUGACUUCGGAUCGGGUGCCGACCAUCAUCACGCCAUAUCUUCAUCUGCAUCCGCCGCCCAAGAUGCACGUUCAUUGCCUACCGUAACGCCUCGGCGAGAUGACUCGCUCUUUGAUCCUCGUGCUCAGUGGAACCGCGUGGUCAGUCGAUUGUCGUUCCUGGCUCCCGAACCGCCCACCCGCGAAGAUUCCUUGUAUAGUGACGAUUUUUCCGACGAAGAAGCAGAUACCGUUGACCAUGAUACCUUUGAAUUGAUGCGUAGUGCGGCUCGAGAGAAUCGGCUCCGAGCUCGAUUUUACAAUACGCACGCUGCCUAUGAUUAUGAUGACGACGACGAGCGGUUACCUUCUGCGGCUGACAUGAACCAGGAUCCCGAUAGCUCCAAUGAAAGUGCAGACGAAAAUUACUUUGCACAUCCAUUUCCGGCCCGUCGACCGAGCGCAUCACCACGAACCGCCCUGGAAACCAUUCGAUACGCCGAUGCUCCGCCAUCGUCUAGCCAACCACAUGAAGCAUCCAGUGAACCAAACAUUGAUAAGCAGGCCCGGCGUCAAUGGACUAAAACACUGGAUAAGAUCCGUUUAAUUUCCAACAUACAAUCAUUUCCUCAGUCUCCUCGCGAUAUCCCACCAGCAAACACCAAUGCUCUGGCGCCUUACUACCCUCCUGCUUUCGAACCCAUAUUUAUUGCCCUUUCUUCGGACGAAUAUGGGCGUAAAUUGCCGCCUAUUCUCUUGCAAUGUCUUUCUGUCUCUGUCACCGAUUCCGAGUUCCUGACCAAUGGUGUCAACCAAUGGGUGUUUCGGAUUGAACUGCAGUAUGGCGAUGUCAAAUGGGUGAUUCGACGUACCAUUGCCGAUUUCGUGGCGCUGCAUUAUACCCUCAAAUUUAAAUCCAGCCUGUCAGAUUACGCGCCUGCCCCGCCGAGUUUCCCAAACCAACUUCAAAGUUUGAUCAGUUCUGCCAAAACAACCAUUGGUUUAGAUCGAGAAGAAGAGGAAACCUAUGAAUCGGAUGGAGAAAAGAAGGAAACCGUGCUGAAACGCCGCUUGGCAUUGACAAACUACCUCCGAGAGUUAUUACAGCGCGCUCACAUGAUGAUUAGUUACGACGUUUGCGAGUUUUUGGAACUUUCGGCAAUCAGUAUGGCUCAGGACAUGGGUUGGAAAGGCAAAGAAGGAUUUUUGCAGCAUCGUACAAAUUAUCUCGUCCCUCGAUUUUGCGGAUUUUGGAGCUCUCAUCGUUGGAACACCGAAUGGAUCAUCCUUCGCGACUCUUAUAUUGCUUUUUGUCAAGAUAUCGCAUCCACCGCACCAACCGAUGUGAUGCUCUUUGAUAAAGGAUUCAGUAUCACGACCACCGAGCCUAGUCUCCUAGGCACUUACCAUCUUACCUGUUCAAACCAGUUCCGUCGCAUCGAAAUCAAAGGCGGAAAGCGCGAAAUGGAUGAAUGGCUAGAAGGUCUUAAAAAGGUACAAAGCGAAAGUCCGUGGGUCAAGAACCAUCGAUUCGGAUCGUUUGCUCCUAUACGUCACCACAGCAAGGUUAAAUGGUUUGUCGAUGCAGAAAACCAUUUCAAUGCUGUUGCUGAAGCCAUUCUUGCCGCCAAAUCAGAGAUUUACAUUGCAGAUUGGUGGCUGUCACCAGAAUUGUAUCUGCGUCGACCACCAGAAGAAAAUGAAGAUUUUCGGCUAGAUCGUCUCUUGCAACGAAAAGCGCGAGAAGGCGUCAUGAUUUAUAUCGUUGUGUACAAAGAAAUGGCUCUGGCUCUGACCAUCAAUUCCGCACACACAAAAUCCUGGCUACAAAACCUUCAUCCCAACAUUAUUGUGCAACGUCAUCCUGACCAUCGAUCCAUUGACAAUACUGUGCUUUUUUGGUCCCAUCACGAGAAAAUUGUGGUGGUGGAUAACCGUCUGGCAUUCAUUGGUGGCCUUGAUCUAUGCUUUGGUCGAUAUGAUACACAUGCCCACUCCCUCACAGACUACCCUGCUGUUGGCCAUGAAAAGGAAAUUUUCCCCGGUCAAGACUAUUCCAACCCUCGUGCCAAAGAUUUUGUAGACGUGGCCAAGUACGAUCUUACUCUGGUCGAUCGUACUGUCAUACCGCGCAUGCCGUGGCAUGAUGUGACGUUGGCAGUGGUCGGUCCUAUUGCUCGAGAUAUUUCGCGCCACUUUAUUCAGCGCUGGAACUUCCUAAAAUCAAGCAAGAGUAUGCAUCGAUCGUCUGUUCCGUUUUUAAUGCCAAAGGGGGAAUAUGUUGCGGCCAGAGAUGAAAGCAAGUUCAUGGGAACCUGUCGCGUCCAGUUACUACGAAGUUCAGCCCAAUGGAGUUCGGGUAUCGAGCGAGAGCAUUCUAUCUACAAUGCUUACAUGGAAUGUAUCACACAGGCGAAACAUUAUGUCUAUAUUGAAAACCAAUUCUUCAUCAGCGCGACGAAUCAGGACAAAGUUCUUCGUAAUAAGAUUGCCCAAGCCAUGGUCGAACGUAUUAAGCGCGCUCAUGAAAAAGGCGAAAAGUUCCGCAUCUUUAUUCUAAUCCCCUUGAUUCCCGCAUUUGAAGGUGAUCUGGCCUCGAGCGAAUCGUCAUCGGCAAGAGCGGUCAUGCAUUUCCAAUACAUCUCUAUUUCACGCGGAGGCAAUUCGAUCAUGGAAAAAUUACGAGAAGCGGGUAUUGAGCCGUCCGAUUACAUCAGCUGGUACAGUCUGCGAAACUGGGGCAAGUUGGUCCCUCCGCGCAGACGUGACAGUGCUACGCAAACCAAAGACGAGGACCCCCAGCAACAGUCUCCUUUUGAUGAUGAAGCUCGAGCCGCAGAAGAUCUGGCUUCGUUGUCGGAUGCUUCCGUUGACGCCAACGAAGUGUCUGAGGAAUCUCGAAAAUCUACCGAUCCAACCUUUAACACCAAUGAUGAACGAGAUAAUUUUGUGAGCGAAAUUUUGUAUAUUCACGAUAAAUUGAUGAUUGUGGACGAUCGAAUCGUGCUGAUGGGAUCAGCGAAUAUCAAUGAUCGUUCACAAUUAGGUAAUCGCGAUUCAGAAAUUGCCAUGCUAGUGGAAGAUACGGAAAUGAUUCCAUCCCUGAUAGACGGAAAAGAGUGCAAAGUGGCCAAAUUUGCUUACACCUUACGAAUGCAAUUGUGGAAAGAGCAUCUUGGCCUCUUAAAUUUUGAAGACUGGUCCGAGUUGCUACCUGCUAGACACAGUUAUGCCAGCGAAGAGUCUGUGAUCAAUAGCUAUAUUAGCCAGUCAAUGGGAGAUCAUUUACGUCCCAUUAGCGUUUCCAACGAGGAGGAUAUUCGUCGAUGUGAGAAUGAAGAACCUGUACGCAUGAUCGAUCGAGCAAGUCGAACACGCAGUUUUUACGAUACCUUUAGAGCGGUACCGCAUGUGAGCCGGCGAGGGGAUACGGCGGCACUGGAUCCAUUGUCGGAUCAUUUUUAUAACCAUGUGUGGCGCAAGACCGCCGAAUACAAUACCUUGACCUACCGAGAAAUCUUCCGAUGCGUCCCUGAUGAUACAGUGCACACCUACGAACAGCACCGCAAAUUCGUUCCUGAUCCUAGUAAAAUACCCCAGGGACACGUCGCCAAUACCGAACUUUCUACUUUGGAAAUUCGCGAAAAACUGGAAAGCAUACGCGGACAUCUUGUCCAAUUCCCCCAUGAUUACCUCAAAGAUGAAAACAUGGUGGGCGGUAAUCUGCUUGAAACUGUGACACCCAUGAUCAUCUUUACAUAAACUUACCAUUCUAUAUAAUAAUAAAUUUUAUAUCCAUUAUUAUUUA